AUGGGUAGAAAGGUGAUACGACCACAGCCUCGAGCGGAACCAAGGGCAUACGUUGGCAAAAGACGAGAUCACUCCAACGUGUGGAAGCCAAGUCGUAACCCUCUCCUGGAGCAGAUGAAACCCAUGCCUCCGGCGACGUUUGUGAAAGGGGCCUCACUGGUAGCGAGAGAGGCAACGUUCGAUCCUCUCAGAGGAGCGUUCGUUCUCCUCGCUAGACCAAAUGCUCCCGAAGUGAAUCUGCCAGAACCGAGGAGAGGGCUGGGAGCCAUUGGUCUAUACAAGGAUCCUGGCCUGGUCAAGGACGUAUUGUCUGCGGCAGAAGGAAGGCAACCUUUCAAGCUACCGAAGAUGCAUAAGCGAAGACCUCCCCCGGGGACUCGCUUGACGAACGACCUUGGCACGGUCAUGCAGAUGAACGAACUCACAGCUAACGAAAAGGCCGUUCUUUGGAGCAACUACCAAAGGGCCAUGGAACGGUCUCUGCAGAAAGAAGGAGACCUAGAAAGUGUGUCAUGGAGGCACCGCGCGACUCACGAGCCAGCCCCCCCAUGGGUCCACCACCGAUGGCCCACCAAGCCAAUCGCUCGCGCACCGCCGCCGUACGGUACCGAGGAUGUCCCUGAAAGCUUGUCGCCCGCUGCCGUUCUUCGGAGCGGCCGGCGAGCGUGCAAAAGUUUCAACCAGGAUCAAGGGGAACGUCUGCUGACGUGGAAGGAGAUGAAGGGAGACAGGACUGACCCGCCGCCCCCGCGGAAGCUGCCCCCCUCAUACGAGGCCGAUGACGCACACAUGGAUGCAAUGAUGGACGACGAGCGGUCAAUGCGGCUCGACGUGCCGAUGCAUAAGCAACGCCGUCAUGUAUCGGGGCACGCGGGCGAAAUUUCAGGGGCCAUCAGUCCUAUCGGCGAUCGCGAAAGGAGAGAACUGCGCGCCCUGGAGAUGCACGAGUUCACGGUUCCGAAGAAACCGACCCCCCCCCCUCCCACUGUGACUGGCAGAACGCCGUACCGACGGCCCAGCCAACACCAAAUCGAUCGCCAGUAGUAGUAGCGGUAGUGGGAAGCCGUCCCGACCUGGACUAGAUAAAUUGCCUUGUGUCGCGGUAGAAGUGUGUUGUACAAGACAGGUUCAGAAAGGGGUAUUUUUCUGUGUAUAGGAUUGAUUGUGUAGGGCCUGCCAAGAUCAUGGGGUGAAAAAAGGUUGCACGCGUUUGCGUAUGUAUGUGUGUGUGAUGUGUAGUAAAGAGGUGAGCACUUCUGCCACCAUUAUACAGGAAGGGUAUGUGUGUGAAGUGACUGUUUUUUACCAGGACGAACAUUCAUUGCGCUCCUGCGAAAGACCAGGAGUGAGGGCGGGGAAAGGAAAUACAGUUAACGGUGAGGGGGAUUGAAGUUUCGUCGAAAUCCUUUCUCGGAGUUGCCAGUCGCUCUCGAUUUCCAAGCUGUAAAAGCUGCGCCAAGCCCACUAAUCAACGAUGUGGGGCACCCACGAGUAAGAGGGCGGGGCAUUGUGGAGGACUUGUCGGGGGUAGAGUAUUUUUGUUACCACUAAGCACGGCAUCCAAACCUAGAUGAUAGGCAGAUAGGCGUAGACAGACCUAACCCAAUUUAUCCCACCAUUAAUGAGCCGAAGGUGCCUUGUCACGCGGUACGGAGUGUCAUUUGUCGUGCGAGUAAGACUCUAUCCAUCGAUCUUUCUCCUGCGUCUUGUUGCCAUACAAAGUGCUGUCGGUCUCCCAAAGUUUGUGCGUGUGUGUGCAUCUUUUUUUCUCAUCUAAUGGCGCCGUCGGCACGCAUUUCGGUGUAGAAAAUGGUUGACUUGUCGGCCGGGGUCGAAGGCGUUGAAUUUUUCCUUUCAAGUAAUAUUGUUCGUUGUGCCUGAUGCAGUGAUUUAUCCUCCUGUCGCGCUUUCCGUAAUUUUUAUCGGGAGGAGGUUAAGCCGUUCUUUUUGCCUUCGCCUACGUCGUUUUUGUGUUGUCUUCAACAUACAUAGGUAUCCAACCGUGCCGAUCGCCGAGCUCCACCUAUCCAACUGAAACGGACACCUUCCGCGGUCACGGACCAACUUCUAAGUGU